GCUGAAAAACUUGGAAAAUAAAAUGAACAUGCUGUGGUCUUGAACUUUUUUUUUUUGAGGAAAAAUUAAAGUGCCAGAGUGAAAGCCAGAAUGGCAUCCAGAGAGAGACUCUUUGAACUUUGGAUGCUUUAUUGUGCGAAGAAAGAUCCAGAUUACCUGAAGCUGUGGUUGGACAAUUUUGUUUCUAACUAUGAACAAUUCUUAGAUGUUGACUUUGAAAAGCUGCCUACCAGGGUAGAUGAUGUGCCUCCAGGAAUAUCUCUGCUUCCUGAUAAUAUUCUGCAGGUUCUGAGGACCCAGCUUCUGCACUGUGUUCAGAAAAUGGCAGAUGGGUUAGAGGAAGAACAACAAGCCUUGUCAAUUUUGCUUAUCAAGUUCUUCAUUGUUCUUUGCAGAAAUCUAUCUAACGUAGAAGAAAUUGGGACUUGCUCAUAUAUCAAUCAUGUUAUCACUAUGACAACACUCUAUAUUCAACAAUUAAAAAGCAAAAAAAAAGAGAAGGAAUUGGCAGAUCAGACAUCUAUCGAAGAAUUUGUGAUCCAUGCAUUGGCAUUUUGUGAAAGUUUAUAUGACCCAUAUCGGAAUUGGAGGCAUAGAAUUUCAGGACGAAUCCUUAGUACUGUGGAAAAGAGCAGACAGAAAUAUAAACCAGCUUCUCUCACAGUGGAGUUUGUCCCUUUCUUUUAUCAAUGUUUUCAAGAAAGUGAGCAUCUCAAGGAAAGUCUUAAGUGUUGCUUAUUGCAUCUCUUUGGAGCCAUUGUAGCUGGUGGGCAGAGGAAUGCUUUGCAAGCAAUUUCUCCAGCCACCAUGGAGGUUCUCAUGAGAGUUUUGGCCGAUUGCGAUUCUUGGGAGGAAGGAAAUCCUGAAGAAGUGGGUAGGAAGGUAGAACUUACUCUGAAGUGCCUUACAGAGGUGGUACAUAUCCUUCUCACUAGCAGCUCUGAUCAGCGUCAAGUGGAAACCAGCACUAUUUUGGAGAACUAUUUUAAAUUGCUAAAUUCAGAUCAUUCAGCUUUACCUAAUCAAAGGAGGUCCAGACUGUGGGAAAGCCAGUUCAUAGCUCUACAGAUCAAAAUGCUGAAUACCAUUACAGCCAUGUUAGACUGCAGAGAUAGGCCUGUUCUUCAGGCUAUUUUUCUUAACAGUAAUUGCUUUGAACAUCUCAUACGACUGCUACAGAACUGCAAGCUAUUUUUAAAUGCUAACAGUAAGGUGGCAGACAAGAACGAGAAAGACCUUGCCAACAAAUUACUGACAGAAAUGAAUGAGGACCAGGUGUUUCAGGUACAGUUGGAUUGUUUGGCUGUGUCAACCAUUCAGGCUUUGACAGCAGUAAUGAACAAAUCUCCAGCUGCUAAGGAAGUAUUUAAAGAAAGAAUUGGUUAUACACAUAUGUUUGAAGUAUUAAAAUCACUGGGUCAGCCACCACUGGAACUACUUAAAGAACUUAUGAAUAUGGCUGUAGAGGGUGAUCACACUUCAGUUGGAAUUUUGGGCAUUAGUAAUGUCCAGCCUCUCUUGCUUCUUAUCCAGUGGCUUCCAGAGCUAGAAUCCCAUGAUCUGCAAAUCUUCAUCUCUGAUUGGCUGAAAAGAAUUUGUUGUAUUAAUAGGCAAAGUCGAACUACUUGUGUCAAUGCAAACAUGGGAAUUAGAAUCAUUGAAACCCUUAAUUCCCAUUCUUCCCUCCAUCGAACUUGUGCUGAGAACUUGAUUGCACUCCAUGGUUCAUUGGGGAGUCAGUCAGUGAGCUCAGAAGAAAUCCGUCAACUACUAAGAUUGUUGAGAGUGGAUGAAUCCGAGUACAUUCACCCCUAUACCACUCUUGUAACUCGAGCAAUCCUGACAAUGGCCCGAAAACAAAGUCUAGAGAGUGCACUGCAGUAUUUUAAUUUGUCACAUAGUAUGGCAGGAAUUUCUGUGCCUUCCAUACAGAAAUGGCCAGGGUCUGCCUUUUCUUUCAAUGCUUGGUUUUGCUUAGAUCAGGAUCAGUUGACUCUUGGCAAUGCUAACAAAGGAGGAAAAAGAAAACAAUUAUACAGCUUUUUUACAGGAAGUGGCAUGGGUUUUGAAGCUUUUAUUACCCAUUCAGGUAUGUUGGUUGUGGCAGUGUGCACGAAAAGAGAAUAUGCAACAGUUAUGCUUCCUGACCACAGUUUCUGUGAUUCCCUCUGGCACAACAUAACCAUUGUUCACAUGCCUGGAAAAAGGCCCUUUGGUCAGAGCCUUGUAUAUAUCUAUGACAAUGGACAGCAGAAGGUCUCUGCCCCUCUGAGAUUUCCUGCCACGAAUGAACCUUUUAUUUCUUGCUGCAUUGGUUCAGCUGGGCAAAGAACCACCACUCCUCCACCAUCCCAAAUCCCAGAUCCACCUUUUUCUUCUCCCAUUACCCCUCAUCGAACAUCAUUUGGUGGAAUUUUGUCAUCAGCUUCCUGGGGAGGAACAAUGGAAAAAUCAAAGUUGAUUACCAAAUUGAUAUCAGCUGGAACACAAGACAGUGAAUGGGGGUGUCCCACAUCUCUGGAGGGUCAGCUGGGGUCUGUUAUCAUCUUCUAUGAAGCACUGCAGCCUCUUCAGGUGAAGGCAUUAUAUUUAGCAGGUCCAAACUGUUUAAGCCCUUGGAAAUUUCAAGAGUCUGACAUGGCUGACCUGCCUGGUAACAUCCUUCUUCACUACACUGCAAAGGCCUGCAAAAAUUCAAUCUGUCUUGAUUUAUCUACUAAUUGUUUGCAUGGAAGGUUAACAGGAAACAAAGUAGUAAACUGGGACAUUAAGGACAGCAUAAACUGCAUAGGUGGAGUAAAUGUACUUUUUCCUCUAAUGGAACAAAUCAGCCACUUUGGUGAAGGACAUAUUCCUGAGGGAUUGAAUGAAAGCACAGUUCCUGAACUGAUAACACCUGUAGAAGGAGAUUCGGUGGUAUUGAACUCCACAAAGGCAUCAGAGUCAAGACUAGAGAGAAAUUUAAUUGCAACAUUUAUCUUGAUUGUGAAACACUUUAUUCAAAGACAUCCUAUUAACCAGGACAAUCUUAUUCACUCCCAUGGAGUUGCCAUUCUUGGUGCCUUACUUCAAAAGGUGCCAAGCACCUUGAUGGAUGUUAAUGUAUUGAUGGCAAUUCAGUUACUUAUUGAGCAGGUAUCAUUAGAGAAAAAUAUGCAGCUCCUGCAGCAAAUGUAUCAGUAUUUACUCUUUGACUUCCGUAUUUGGAACCAUGGCGAUUUUCCCUUUCGAAUUGGUCACAUACAAUAUCUUUCCACCAUCAUCAAGGACAGCAGGAGAGUUUUCCGAAAGAAGUAUGGUGUACAGUUUCUCCUAGAUACACUUAGGAUUUAUUAUGGGAGUGAUUGUAAAUAUAGUGAGCUGUCUCUAGAUGAUAUUCGAACAAUAAGGACUUCUUUGUAUGGACUAAUUAAAUAUUUUCUGUGCAAAGGCGGAACUCAUGAAGAGAUACAAAGUAUUAUGGGUUAUAUAUCUGCUAUCGAUGAAGAAGAACAGCUUUUUGGAAUUUUGGACGUACUCUUCAGUCUCCUACGUACCAGCCCAACUAGAGGUCAACUUUUCUUACUGCUGUUUGAACCAGGAAAUGCUGACAUACUUUAUGCCCUGCUCUUAAAUCAGAAAUACUCUGACAGACUAAGAGAAAUCAUUUUUAAGGUUAUGGAACAGAUGUUGAAAUGCACGAACGUUUAUGAACGAAGUAAACAACGUAUUCGGCUUAGAGAAGUUGGCUACUCAGGAUUAGGUCUCCUUCUUAAUGAAGCACCUGUUAAUACUUCUCUCAUUAAAAGUCUCACCAAUCAAAUUAUAAAUACAGAUCCUGCUAUUAAUUUCAAAGAUCUGUUAUCUGUGGUAUAUAUAUCUCACAGAGCACGUAUAAAUGUCAGGGUGGUCAUCUGCAGAAAGAUUUUACAGAUUUUACAGUCCCAGCCAGAUGCAGCACAUCAAAUAUCUCAACAAGUGGGUUGGCAAGACACUUUAGUUAGGCUUUUUUUAAAAGCAAAUUUUGAAAAUGGAAAUACUCUUCAUAAGCACAGUAGGGCUGUUGUAAUGAAAGACAAUGAUAAAAAUAUAUCAGCUGAAGAUAUGAAGAGGAACUCUGAUGAAAAGACAGAUGAGGAAAAAAUCAGCUCUUUUGCCUCAGCUCAUGUGUCUUCAGAUCAGUGGAGUUUGGAGGAUAGACACUCCCUAGACUCGAACACACCAUUAUUUCAAGAAGAUAGCUUGAUGGGAGAAUUAUCUUUCAAAUCAGAGAAUCGAGGAGAAUUCUGGCAUAAUAACCCUUCACAUCUGAGUUUAGAUCUCAGUGGAAUUGAUUCAUGUGAACUGAGUGAUAGUGGAAGUCAAAUGCCAGACAGCUUGCCUAGCACGCCAUCCCCGAUAGAGUCCACUAAGUCAUUUUCUGUGCAGUCUGACAAAGAAAGCAGCAUCACAAAUGAUGUGGGCUUUAGUGAUGACUUCCCUUUACUUGAAAACCAAGAGAGAUGUGAGGAAGAGCUUAUUCAAUUACUGACAAAUAUUUUGAACUGUGUAAUGUGUAAGGGACUAGAAAAGUCUGAUGACGAUACUUGGAUUGAACGGGGACAAGUGUUUUCGGCACUAACUAAACCAGGAAUAUCCAGUGAGCUACUUCGACCAUCAGAUGAAAUAAAACUAAUUUUGCUACAGAAGAUGUUAGAAUGGGCAGUCACAGAAAACAGAGAAGCAAAAUUUAAUCCAGUAACUGCUGAAAAUGCUUUCCGACUCAUGCUGAUCAUACAGGACUUUCUGCAGUCAGAGGGACUAGUUAAUUCGAACAUGUGGACUGAGAAGCUUUUAGAGGAUAUGAUGCUGCUCUUCGACAGUCUGUCAGUCUGGUAUUCUGAAAGUCCUGUAUGGGUGAAACUCUCACAGAUUCAAAUCCAGAUGCUUCUAGGCUUCAUUGGAAGGGGUAAUUUGCAGGUUUGUGCAGUGGCAUCAGCUAAGCUAAACACCCUUCUUCAGACCAAGGUGAUUGAAAAUCAGGAUGAAGCAUGUUACAUUUUAGGGAAGCUGGAACAUGUUCUAAGUGAAUCAAUCAAGGAACAGACUGAAAUAUACUCAUUUCUGAUUCCGCUUGUCCGUACCCUGGUUUCCAAAAUUUAUGAGCUUCUCUUCAUGAACUUGCAUCUGCCUUCUUUACCUUUUACCAAUGGAAGCUCUUCAUUUUUCGAAGAUUUUCAAGAAUAUUGCAGUUCAAAUGAAUGGCAAGUUUACAUUGAAAAAUAUAUUGUACCUUAUAUGAAGCAGUAUGAAACCCAUGCAUUUUAUGAUGGUCAUGAGAGCAUGGCACUUUAUUGGAAGAAUUGUUAUGAAGCCUUAAUGGUGAAUAUGCAUAAACGAGACCGGGAAGGGGGAGAGAGCAAGCUCAAGUUUCAGGAGUUUUUUGUGGAGCCAUUUAAUCGAAAAGCACGCCAAGAGAACUUGAGGUAUAAUAAUAUGCUUAAACAACUUAGCAGUCCACAGUUAGCCACUCUGAGACGCUGGAAGGCAAUAAAGCUCUAUCUUACAUGUGAAAGGGGACCUUGGGCUGAAAGGAAACAAAAUCCACUUCACUGGAAACUAGCUAACGUAGAAAAUUAUUCCCGCAUGAGACUUAAAUUGGUGCCAAAUUAUAACUUCAAAACCCAUGAUGAAGCUAGUGCUUUGAGAGAUAAUCUAGGUAUCCAGCACUUGCAGCCUUCCAGUGAUUCACUGCUUUUGGAAGUAGUGAAACAAGUAAAAGUUAGUGAUAUGGAGGAGGAUAAAUUAGAUCUUCCUGAAGAGGAAAUAACAGCCAGAGUAAAUAUUAAUGAGAAAGAAGAACAGGAUCAAAAAGAAAAAUUGGUGUUGUUGGAAGACUGUGAACUCAUUACAAUAAUUGCCAUAAUUCCUGGCAGAUUAGAAAUCACUACUCAACACAUUUACUUCUAUGAUGGCAGCAUUGAAAAAGAGGACGGAGUAGGCUUUGAUUUCAAGUGGCCUCACUCUCAAGUUCGAGAGAUUCACCUACGACGGUACAACUUAAGGAGGUCAGCCCUUGAGAUUUUUCAUGUUGACCAAUCCAACUACUUUCUCAAUUUCAAAAAAGAGGUUAGGAACAAAGUAUAUAGCAGACUGUUGUCACUUCAUUCUCCAAAUAGUUAUGGAACCAGAUCACCACAGGAGUUAUUCAAAGCAUCAGGAUUGACACAGAAAUGGGUAAACAGAGAGAUAUCAAAUUUUGACUACCUCAUUCAAUUAAAUACAAUGGCAGGACGAACCUAUAAUGACCUUGCGCAGUAUCCUGUGUUCCCCUGGAUUUUACAAGAUUAUACUUCAGACGAGUUGGAUCUUAAUAACCCAUCUGUAUUUCGAGAUCUAUCCAAACCAAUUGGGGUAGUUAAUGAUAAAAAUGCCAAGGCCAUGCGAGAAAAAUAUGAAAAUUUUGAGGAUCCUAUGGGAACUAUUGAUAAAUUUCAUUAUGGUACUCACUAUUCAAAUUCUGCUGGGGUUAUGCACUAUCUUAUUCGUACAGAACCAUUCACCACCCUCCACAUCCAGCUUCAGAGUGGAAGGUUUGACUGUGCAGAUCGACAAUUCCAUUCCAUCCCUGCUACCUGGCAGGCUCUCAUGGACAAUCCAUAUGAUGUGAAGGAACUUAUUCCUGAAUUCUUCUAUUUCCCAGAAUUUUUGGAAAAUCAAAAUCAAUUUAACUUGGGUCGUCUACAAGUUUCCAGAGAACUAGUAAAUGAUGUCAUUCUCCCCAAAUGGGCUAAGUCAGCUGAAGAUUUCAUCUAUAAACAUAGGAAAGCUCUGGAGUCUGAAUAUGUUUCUGCUCAUCUUCAUGAAUGGAUAGAUCUGAUUUUUGGCUAUAAACAGAGGGGGCCAGCUGCAGUGGAGGCACUCAAUGUUUUCUAUUACUGUAGUUAUGAAGGAGCUGUGGAUCUGGAUGCCUUAACAGAUGAGAAGGAAAGAAAAGCCUUAGAAGGGAUGAUUAACAAUUUUGGGCAAACACCUUGUCAACUGUUAAAGGAACCACACCCUUCUAGAUUAUCAGCAGAGGAAGCAGUGCAGAAGCAAACCAAAACAGACACUUCAACCUUUAACUUAUUUCAAUACCUCCCUGAACUCAAGUCAUUUUUUAUAGAGGGAAUUAGUGAUGGUAUUCCACUAAUAAAGGCCAUUGUCCCCAAAAAUCAGUCUCGUUCUUUUAUUUCACAAGGCAGUCCUGAGUUACUGAUAACAGUAAGCAUGAAUUACGUUAUUGGAACCCAUGGAUGGCUGCCUUAUGACAGAAACAUUUCUAAUUACUUUACAUUCAUCAGGGAUCAAACUGUGACAAAUCCAAAAACUCAGCGUAGUAUGAAUGGACCUUUUGCUCCAGGGCUGGAGAUCACUUCUAAGCUAUUUAUAGUAUCACAUGAUGCAAAGUUGCUUUUUAGUGCUGGACACUGGGAUAAUAGCAUUCAAGUGAUGUCACUUACAAAAGGCAAAAUUGUUUCACACAAUAUCAGACAUAUGGAUAUUGUGACUUGUUUGGCUACAGAUUACUGUGGAAUACAUUUGAUUUCUGGUUCCAGAGAUACUACAUGUAUGGUAUGGCAGAUAACCCAACAGGGAGGUGUUCCUGUGGGCCUAGCAUCUAAACCGUUUCAGAUUCUGUACGGACACACUGAUGAGGUAUUGAGUGUUGGCAUCAGCACUGAGCUAGACAUGGCAGUGUCAGGAUCAAGGGAUGGCACUGUGAUUAUACAUACCAUUCAGAAAGGUCAGUAUAUGCGGACUUUACGACCACCUUGUGAGAGUUCUCUGCUCUUGACCAUUCCCAAUUUGGCUAUAUCUUGGGAAGGACAUAUUGUCAUCUACUCCAGCAUUGAAGAAAGUACCACCCUCAAGGAUAAGAAUGCAUUGCAUUUGUUUUCUGUAAAUGGCAAGUAUCUACGGUCUCAAGUCCUGAAGGAACAAGUAUCAGAUAUAUGUGUAAUUGGAGAGCACAUUGUCACAGGCAGCUUACAAGGAUUCCUGUCCAUAAGAGAUCUCCACAGUUUGAAUCUCAGCAUCAACCCAUUAGCCAUGCGAUCGCCUAUCCACUGUGUUUAUGUAACCAAAGAAUAUAGCCAUAUUCUUGUAGGAUUAGAAGAUGGCAAAUUGAUUGUCGUGGGUGUUGGCAAGCCAGCUGAGAUGCGCUCAGGUCAACUUUCUCGAAAAUUGUGGGGAUCUAGCAAGCGGCUCAGCCAGAUUUCAGCUGGAGAGACUGAAUAUAAUCCUCAAGAUUCCAAGUGAUUGUUAUUUCUGCCGUCUGUCAUGGAUAACUGAAAUUUGAUUUAUUGCUUUGUCACUUUAAUCUGUGACAGAUUAAAUGUGAUAUUAAAUCACUUUAAUGUCACAUCUCUCAACUAUCUUAAAUGUUUCAGGGCUGUUAUCCCUGAAAAUCAUUUAGGGAUUACCAAAAUUUGGUAUCGUAUGUGUAUAAAGUCAUAGGUUAUAUUAUUAUUAUCCACUAAAAAAAUUUCUGGUUAACAUCACUGAAUCUAUCUUAUUAACUAAUUCUUGGUCUACACUAAGAUGAAUUUGAGAAAAUACAUUUGAUUAGAUUUAGUAGUUUAUUUCUAAAGAUCAUUAGAUCCAUUUAAAAAAAUAAACUUCUAAAAAUAAAGAAGCUAAAUUCAAUUUGCUUAUUCUAAACAGCAAAAGUUGAGGUAUUUCUAAUAAAAGAGUAGCAAUAAUGGGACAGUUGAGAGAUAUGGCUUUUAAUACAUUCUUUAGUUAAUCAUUCUCCUAUUUACUAAAUAAAUCAUCCUAAAUACAUCAA